UGUGUUAAAAGUAAGAGAAAUCUAGCUCUUGUGAACGAAGAAGACAGACUCAGUCAACCUCCUGAAGCAUUGAUUCUGCAAAUAUUGUCUCUUCUUCCAACAAAAGAUGUCAUAGCCACUAGUGUUCUGUCUAAACAAUGGCAGUCUCUUUGGAAGAUGGUACCUAUACUCAUGUUUGAUUCUUGUGAUCACAAACGUAAACUCGGGACAUUUUCAAAGGAUGUUUGCAAAACUUUGCAUUCACAUAAAGCUCCAAUCCUACAAAGUUUACAUCUUGAAGUUGAUUUAGACACAUGUACUGCUAUGGAUAUUGGAAUAUUGCUUGGAAUCGCAUUUGGACGAAAUGUGCGUAAGCUGUUACUUGACGUGUACCCCGAGAAUAAGAAGAGUAAUAGGCCAUUCAAUUUUCCUCCAACCUUGUUGUAUACAUGUGAAACACUAGAGACCUUGAUACUUAGGUUUCAUGCUCUUGUCGAUGUCCCUUCUCAGAUUUGUCUCAAGUCCCUAAAAACUCUGCAUCUUGAUUAUAUGUAUUACAAAGACGAUAAAUCAGUGUGUAACCUUUUAUCUGGUUGCCCUUUUCUUGAAACUUUGGUCGUGAGUCGAGCUACUUGUGGUGAUGGUGUUAAAACUUUCAUUAUUGAGGUCCCGUCUUUGCAGAGUCUAUCAAUUCAUGAUGAAAAUGACGGAGUCGACCAUUGGGAAUAUGUGAUAAAUGCUCCUUCUUUGAAAUACUUGCACAUUGAUCUCGAGAAGGGUUCUGAAGUCAGUCUAAGUGAGACUUCUCUGGAGUUGGUAAAGGCAAAAGUUUCAUGUGUAACAAUCAAUGAGAAGCUUUUGGGAUCUCUAACUUCAGUCAAAAUGCUUUCUUUGCUCUUUUGGUCACCCUUGGAGGUAACUCUUUUUGCAAUUGACUUGUUUUGUUGUUAUUACAUUGUUUCCGUACUAACAAUAUGGCAUCAUUAAUGCAAAAGGUUGAGUAUCCUACUGGUAGUAUCUUCUAUCGGUUGGUAUAUUUGGAGGUAUAUACAGGUAAACCGGCGUGGUGGAAUCUACUUAUGUUCAUGCUCGAUACUUCGCCUAACUUACAAGUCCUCAAGCUCCUCAUCGAUGUAAGCAUAUUAGCAUGAUCAUUUUCGUGUUUGAUGAUCUUAUAUAUGUAAUGUUACAUUGUGUUUCCCCCUCAGCAAUGGCAUAAGAUUGAAGAUCAUGUGGUCUGUGAGAAAUGGAACCAACCAAAGACUGUUCCUGAAUGUUUGUUGCUCCAUCUUGAGACAUUUGUGUGGGAAGGCUACGAGGAGAAACGAAAAGAAGAGAAAGAGGUAGCAAAAUAUAUACUAAGGAACGCUAGUCGUUUGAAAAAGGUAACUUUCUCUAAAACAAAUUGUAGUUCAGAAGAG